UCUGCAAUUACCAUUACUUCCCAAGUCUUCUUCUUCCUCCUAUUCCACUUUUUCUUCUCUAAGCAAAACCCCAACUCCCGAUAUCUCCCUCUCUCCCACUCCUUCCCUCCACUUUAACUCGCUCUUCACAAAUUCACAAUUCAAUCCCCAAUUCCUAAAUCCCCUCUUCUUUGAGCGCCAUGGAUCUUCACGUCUAUGGUGUCUCCAAGUUCUUUUCUUUUCUCUCCUGUUUUCUCUUCCUUUUCUUCACCAUCUCUGCAUUUCCUCAACACCCAUCUUCUAAUAACACUGGUAUCAACUCUAACUCUGUUCUUGUUGCUCUUCUUGACUCGCAUUAUACUGAGUUGGCUGAACUCGUUGAAAAGGCUCUUCUUCUUCAGACUCUUGAAGAUGCUGUUGGUAAUCAUAAUAUUACCAUUUUUGCUCCUAGAAAUGAAGCUUUGGAGCGUCAGCUUGACCCUGAGUUUAAGCGAUUCUUGCUUGAGCCUGGGAAUCUUAAGUCUCUUCAGACUCUCUUGAUGUUCCACAUUAUUCCUCAGCGCGUUGGAUCCAGUGAUUGGCCUAGUGAAAAAUCCAAGCCUGCUAGGCAUUCCACUCUGUGUAAUGACCAUCUUCACUUGAUCAGCAAGAGUUCUGGCAAGAAAGUCGUUGACUCCGCCGAGAUUAUCCGACCCGACGACGUUAUCCGUCCCGAUGGUGUUAUCCACGGCAUCGAGCGCCUUCUAAUCCCACAAUCCGUGCAAGAAGACUUUAACCGGAGGAGGAAUCUCAGAUCUAUAUCUGCUGUGUUACCAGAGGGCGCACCUGAGGUGGAUCCCAGAACCCACAGGUUGAAGAAACCAGCAGCACCUGUUCCAGUUGGUGCACCACCAGUGCUACCCAUUUAUGACGCUAUGGCUCCAGGUCCUUCUCUGGCUCCGGCGCCAGCUCCAGGUCCCGGCGGGCCUCACCACCACUUCGACGGUGAGAGCCAGGUCAAGGAUUUCAUCCAAACACUAUUACAUUACGGUGGGUACAACGAAAUGGCAGACAUCCUAGUGAACUUAACCUCGCUAGCCACCGAAAUGGGGCGUUUGGUUUCCGAAGGGUAUGUGCUCACCGUCUUAGCACCAAACGACGAAGCCAUGGCCAAGCUAACGACGGACCAGCUAAGCGAGCCCGGUGCACCGGAGCAGAUUAUUUACUACCAUAUCAUCCCGGAGUACCAAACGGAGGAAAGCAUGUACAAUGCAGUGAGGAGAUUUGGGAAAAUAAAGUACGACACACUGCGUUUGCCUCACAAGGUGGUGGCUCUGGAGGCUGAUGGAUCGGUGAAAUUCGGAUCUGGUGAUACGUCGGCGUAUUUGUUCGAUCCAGACAUUUAUACAGACGGCAGGAUUUCCGUGCAGGGAAUUGAUGGAGUUUUGUUCCCGGAGGAGGAGAAAGAGACUGUUAAAAAACCAACGGCCGCCGUCAAGGUUGUCACCAAGGCGAGGAGAGGGAAGUUGAUGGAGGUAGCUUGUAGAAUGCUUGGAGCUUUUGGACAAGAUUCACAUUUCAAUACAUGUCAAUGAAUCUGCACAGCUAAAAAUAAUAGUAAAAGAUGGGAACCAUGAAAAAAGAAAAGAGAAAAUGGUGAGUCCUUAAGGCUUUUGUUUAAUAAAAAUCACAGACAAAUGGGAUUUGAUGGAUUGCCAUGUUUGUAUGAUUUUCACUCAGAAUCCCAGAAGAGAGAGAGAAAGAGUUGUUAUUUUGUUAUAAUUACUGUAAUUACAUAUCAAUUUUUUAAUUAAAUUUUCUAUUUUUAAAUGUAUGAUUCAGUGUCACUGUACUGUAUCUAUGAAUAGAACUUGGAAAACUCCUUCCUUUUUUUUUUUAA